AUGAUGAAAAGCUAUGCUAUAAACAAUAUCGGAGAUUCAGUAAUUCUGCCCGCCGAUUCUUUCUGGAAGUUCCUUAGAGUCAGCGACGUCGAAGAAGAACUCCAAUUGACUGCUGCAGACAGUUUAAACGGAAAAGUAAUGAUAAGGACGAUCGGAAAAAAUCAAGAAACAGAGCUUCAAAUUCCUAAACGCUGUGCUUCUAUUGUGCCCCCGGUUGUUCCUACUGUGAAACAAAAAUUAGAACGUUGCAUGGACAACGAUCGUCCCGCAAGCAGAGGAGUGCAGCGCGAGUUCCACGUUUUUAAUGACGAGUUUCUCGCAAAAGAAAUGGACAAAAUUGGUCUGACCGUCGAUGCAGACAUCAUAGUGAUUUCAGGUGAAAGCGACGACGAAGAACCAAAAGGGACGAAUAACAAGAACGUUGUCGUCAAUGUAAUCACCUCGCCAAGUCGCCAAGAAAAAACAGAUUCUCCCUUCAGGGUACCUGGAACGCCGCCUCCAAGCUCAAAGGACGAUAAGAAUACAGCUCCCGAGUCAAGCAGAAAUAUGCCAGAAACAGCUGUAAACAAAAUUUGCGAGAAGAAAGGAGGUCUUGCGCAAGAAUUUAGAAAAAAGUUCAAAAGCAAGACAACCGAAAAAGAACACUCUUCGCAGGAUAGUAGUGGAAUACGAGCAUGCAAUCGCCCAAAAGAGCCGAAUGAUAGGGAGCUUGAAGAAUACUACCUCUUUCACUGCCCAGUGGAUGAGCUCGCACUGUUCAUUACGUGCGGCGAAACGUUUAGAAUCGGCCAGAGAGAUAUAUUCGGGAAAAAAGGCAUUCAUUGCUGGAUCCUCGACGAAGAAUACAUAAAAUCCGAUGAGUACAAUCGCAGAGCGUUAUUCGGAUAUAUCAACAUCGAAGGAAUGUACUAUGGAAACGGCAAUUUGUACCACACGUCAUUAAGAAAAGCGGAGGAAAUUAUCGACACAGUUUGGGUGGACUUUUUAUGUAAACAAGGCCUCCUGGAGCUUCAAGAAAGAAUAAUGAAAUUGCUAAGCUUUACAGCGCUGACUGAGUCUGUCAAGAGAAGUCUGGUCGAAAAGAUUAUGGAACAAAAGACGACGGACCAGAAAUGGAAUGUGAUCGAACAACGACUAAAGAACAACGACCAGCUUGACAAAAAUUCACUGCGCGUUAUCAAACUUCGACAUCUCUAUCCGAAAUUAGAUAAGCCAGUGCUUACCAAUCAUAAGCAUUUAUUGAGAAUGCCCUUUAGCGUCCACCAGGAUACAGGAGCCAUCGCGGUUGUUUUCGACCCCCUGCUGACAACGGAAUUGGACCUAAAGGGUUUCCCGACAGUUUUCAACCUCAGAAAAACCGAAGCGCUAUGUGAAAAAUUCGUCCAUCUGUUUCAGACAAUUCUUUUGCAGCGCUACAAAAAAGCUUCUUACUCGUCCUAA